AAUCCCUGUGGCCGCGGGGCUGCGGGCUCGCCUUCCUACCAGCGCGGCCCCCCGUCCAUCGCCUCCCGGAGGCCCCGCGCCGGGACCCGUUCGGCCCCCCGCCCCGCUCUCCUUUUCCAGGUCGGGAACAUGCAGCCCGAGGGCGCAGAGAGAUGAGGGCGGGCCGCGGGCAGGGGCUGCGACCAGGCGUCUUCCCUCCUCUCGUCUCAGCCCGGGGUCGCCCGAGCCCUGUCCAAGGGAAGGGAGCCAGGACUCGCGGGAUUGUGGGAUUAGUGAUAUGCUUUCCUAAACAGUAGCAAAGUUGAAGAUGUCUAGACACUUGGUGGCUUUGACAGUGACUACUCUUCUUGGUGCGGCAGUGGGGGCAUUUGUCCUGUGGAAAGGCAUCCAGCGCCGGAGGAGUAGGAGCAGCCGUGGAGCCUGGUGGCGGCAGCAGCAGCAGCACCAGCUGCAGCAACACCAGCAGCAGCAGCAACAGCAGCAGCAGCAGCAAGCUCCAAGCAGGAGCGAGUUGCCCCCUCCAGAAGUGGACCAGUUGCCUUCCAGUGCCCCCAGAGCCUCAUGGGAGGAGAGGAUCCUGGAAGCAAAGGUGGUCACUGUGUCUCAGGAGGCAGAGUGGGAUCAAGUUGAACCCUUGCUUAGGAGUGGGUUAGAAGAUAUUCCAGUACUUGGAAUCGACUGUGAGUGGGUGAACUUGGAAGGGAAAGCCAAUCCUCUGUCACUUCUUCAAAUGGCCUCCCCAAGUGGCUUCUGUGUCUUGGUUCGCUUGCCCAAGCUGAUCUGUGGAGGAAAGACACUACCAAAAACAUUAUUGAACAUGUUGGCAGAUGGCACUAUUUUAAAAGUUGGAGUAGGAUGUUCAGAAGAUGCCAGCAAGCUUCUGCAGGAUUAUGGCCUCUUUGUUAAGGGGUGCCUGGACCUCCGAUACCUAGUCAUGAGGCAGAGGAACAAUUUGCUCUGUAAUGGGCUUAGCCUGAAAUCACUUGCUGAGACUGUUUUGAACUUUCCCCUUGACAAGUCCCUUGUACUUCGUUGCAGCAACUGGGAUGCUGAGAAUCUUACGGAGGACCAGGUAAUUUAUGCUGCCAGGGAUGCCCAGAUUUCAGUGGCUCUCUUUCUCCAUCUUCUUGGAUACCCUUUCUCUAGGAAUCCAACUUUAGAUGAAAAUGAUGACCUCAUUGGCUGGAGAAAAGUUUUGGAGAAAUGCCAGGAUUUGGUAGACAUCCCAUUCCGAAGCAAAGGAAUUAGCAGAUUGGGAGAAGAGGUUAAUGGGAAAGCAACAGAAUCUCAGCAAAAACCAGGAAAUAAGAAGUCUAAGGUCGAUGUAACGGUGCCAGGCAACCAUCAAGGGAGAGACCCCAGAAAACAUAAAAGAAAGCCCUUGGGGGUGGGCUAUUCUGCCAGAAAAUCACCGCUCUAUGAUAACUGCUUCCUCCACGCUCCUGACGGACAGCCCCUGUGCACCUGUGAUCGAAGGAAAGCUCAGUGGUACCUGGACAAAGGCAUUGGAGAGCUGGUGAGUGAAGAGCCUUUUGUGGUCAAGCUACAGUUUGAACCUGCGGGAAGACCUGAAUCCCCAGGAGACUACUACUUGAUGGUUAAAGAGAACCUGUGUGUAGUGUGUGGCAAGAAAGACUCCUACAUUCGGAAGAACGUGGUCCCACACGAGUACCGGAAGCACUUUCCCAUUGAGAUGAAGGACCACAACUCCCACGACGUGCUGCUGCUCUGCACCUCCUGCCAUGCCAUCUCCAACUACUAUGACAACCACUUGAAGCAGCAGCUGGCCAAGGAGUUCCAGGCCCCCAUUGGCUCUGAGGAGGGCGUGCGCCUGCUGGAGGACCCAGAGCGCCGGCAGAUGCGCUCUGGGGCCAGAGCCCUGCUCAACGCCGAGAGCCUGCCUGCUCAUCGAAAGGAGGAGCUGCUGCAAGCUCUCAGAGAGUUCUAUAGCACAGACACGGUCACAGAUGAGAUGCUUCAAGAGGCUGCCAGCCUGGAGACCAGGAUUUCCAAUGAAAACUACAUUCCUCAUGGGCUGAAGGUGGUGCAGUGCCAUAGCCGGGGUGGGCUGCGCUCCCUCAUGCAGCUGGAGAGCCGCUGGCGUCAGCACUUCCUGGACUCCAUGCAGCCCAAGCACCUGCCCCAGCAGUGGUCAGUGGACCACAACCAUCAGAAGCUGCUCCGGAAAUACGGGGAAGACCUUCCCAUCAAGCUGUCGUGAUAGCUGCUUUCCUCCCAGGUGAGGACAGCUGGGGAGCUGGAGCCAAGGUGGAACCGUCACCUCUUCCCAUUUUAAUACGUUGUUAAUUGUCAAAGCCUGUGACACAACUCCGAAUACUAACCCAUACCGAUCCCAGAAUGCUUCUGGUGGAUGGAGCAUGGCUCUUGUUUUAAGGGGAGCUUAUGGUUUUAAAUUUUAGUUGGGCUGAAUGAAAAUUCUUUUUCUUCUCCAUUUUAUUUUUGUGGACAAGGAGGCAAGGAGCGUCUUGGAUUUAUUUUACUCUUCCUCUUCUGCUUUCCCUGUGCAGAUGGGAAAUGAAGGAUUCUCCCUGAAGUGACUUGUCAGGACCCUCAGGUUUUUUAAUACAUUUCUUCCCUGUUCGGUAUAUUGAUUUAUCUCAAACGGGCUAAGCAUUUCAAUCCCGUCAGGCUGGGAGGGAGAAAAAGUUCUUCCGGGGGUUGGAGAGGCUAUCAAGGGUUCAGAUGAAUUUUUCCAGUUCAGCCUCAUAAUUACACAUUCUUUGGCUUAUGCUCUCCCACAAUGCACCUGUUUGGGAUCCUUUCCCAACUGAAUCACUUCAGUUGAUUUCACACACUUGAGCUUGCUCCCCUCGACAUGUCAAGGACCAAAGCGACAACGUCCUUACUUUGCUUCCACACUAACACUAGAGGGAAUCAUUUUCUAGAGACAGGCCUCCCACCAGGUGUGGCAGAGAGAAGCCUCAGCACCAUCUCCCCAGGGAACUUCGAUAAGUUGCUGUGCUUUUCCUUUCAUGCUGUUCACUGUCUGCUGGUUGCCAUCCUCCUGCCCAUAACUGCAAGGCUUUUAGCUUAAUCCCUUCCUGGGCGGAAGAUGAUCUUUUCUCAGAAUCAGUAUCCGGUCCCUCCAGAGUUCUGUUUCCAUCAAUUUGCAGUACUGACCUCUUUCCAUCACUUAAUUGUCUCCUGGAGUCUUUGGUUGCACUGAGGAUCUCUCCACCUCCCCCCAUGCCUGGAACACUAAGAUUAACUUACGUGUUUAGAUUUUAAAAUAGUGGUGUUUUUUUCUUUCAAAAUGUGAGGUCGCCACUUUAAGCAUGAAAUCAACUUGGGAAUUGUGCCCAAGUUGGUGAUGGUUGCUCUGAUAAAUAAAACUUCUAAGCACAAAACUU